GGGUUUCUCUCAUAAGUCUAAAGAAAAAAAAACUUUUUAGGAUUUCGUGUCUCUCAAGUUUUGCUGUGUUGUGGGUUUAAGGUUAAGAAUUUAGAGUUUUUACUGUGUUUUGGGAAUAUGGGUGUUGGAAUGUCCAAGGUGGAUAGGUUAGAGUUGGUGAGUCUUUGUAAAGAAAGGAAGGAAUUGAUUAAGGCUGCUGUUGAUUGUCGUUAUGAAUUAAUUUCAGCUCACAUUAUGUAUGUGCAAUCUUUUUUAGACAUGGGGAAUGCGCUUCAUCGAUUUUUAGAGGAAGAUUUAGAGAUUAUUUCUGAUUUCUCUUGUGAUUGCUCUGAUGAGGAUUCACAUUUGAAAUUUUCUUCCUCAGAUUUGGAGUCAGAAACUGAUUCUGUUAAUGAACACUUGCAUUUUUCAGGAGAGUCUUCUGGGUCAGAGAAAGAUUUUCAAGCAGGGGCGAAUUCAAGUGGACAUAUGGGAAAUAUGUCUUCUAGUGUUCCUGCUGGUUCUAUACAUAGAUACCCUGAUCUUGACAAUGACGAUGUAUAUGUUCCAAUUGUUGAUAUGAGGUAUCCUCAAGAAAACAAUAAAGUUCCUUUGGAUGCUACAAUGGAUACUACGAAAAACAAUGUCACAUAUGCUCCUAAUGGAAAUUGGGAAUCUGCUAAAAAUCCAAUGGACUUUCCGUAUUAUUAUGAGUUUUGGUCCCCUCCUGUCCGUGCUGCUAAUCCUGAAGAAGAGAGCACUCCUGCUGCCACCUCUUCUCCUGAACCUGCAGGUUCUGCUUGGAGAUUCAAUCCAUUUAACACCGAGGUUGAUGAUCUCUAUCAUUACUGUAAUUACUAUUCUCAGGAGAGUAUAACUGGUGACAGAGGUGAGAGUGAUGAUUCUGAAGUAAGAAAAACCAGGGAGAAAGAGGGGAUCCCUGAUUUGGAAGAUGAUACUGAUCAAAGUAUAUUAAGGAAAACAAGAUACAAGAAGAAAUCAUCAGAGAAAAAUACAAGUGGAGACACCGGUGCUGACCCAAAGAAUGAUGAUCACGUACAGUCAGAACAAGAAAAGGAAUCUAAAAACACGCCUGACACCAUUGAAGAAAAUGCCAUGGCAUGUUCCAGCUCCCGUGGAUUGAUCAAAAUAGAACAAGAGAAAGCAAUGGAGGAAGGUGAGAGUUCAGAGGAGGCCCAGUCAUUCACCUGCAAUGGUGAAUGUCCCGGAACAGAUAUCCAUAGUCCAUGGGGUCUUCAGCAAGCAGUAAAUGAAAUCAAGAAUGCAUUUGAGACUUCUUUCAACUAUGGACAAGAGGUUUCCAUAUUGCUUGAGGCAGGCAAGCUGCCUUAUCAGACUACGGGUGCCAAAUUUAAAGUAUUUGCCUCUCGGCUUGUAAGUUUGGCGGUUCCUUUUGCAUUGUCUUCACAGCACCCAGCUUUUGUUCACUCAAGUAGAUCUGCUGCCAAGAAAAUGAAGUCAGCCAAAGUUGUGUGUGAAAAUUAUAAGGAUGUUGAUAGAAAAUCCGAUCACCUGUCAUCCACUUUGGAGAAGCUGCAUGUAUGGGAGAAGAAACUCUACGAGGAGGUUAAGCUUGAGGAAAAACUCCGUGUUUCUUAUGAUAAAGAGUGGAAGAGGCUAAAAAGGCUAGAUGAUAGAGGUGCUGAGUCCAGUCAGAUUGAUAGGACACAAGCUUCUGUCAAAAGUUUGCUUUCAAAAAUUAAAGUUCCUGUCAGUGCAAUUGAGGCAAUAUCGAUCAGGAUUCACAAAAUAAGAGAUGAAGAGCUGCAAGCCCAAGUGAAUGAAUUGAUUAUCGGAUUGUCAAGAAUGUGGAAGCUCAUAAUCAAGUGCCACAAAAAGCAAUUACAAGCAAUUAAAAAUGCUGAAACAUAUGUGCAUAUAGCUGGGAUGCACACCCGCAAAGGUUCACGCUUAAAGGCUACUAAAAACCUAGAGAAAGAAACUUGGAAAUGGGCUGCACGCUUUAGUCACUAUAUUAAAACCCAGAAAGAUUUUGUGUCAUUGUUGAACAAUUGGCUUCUGGGGUACAUAUCUGAGGAGUUGAAAACUCUAGAUGAAGCUGAUCGAUUGUCUCCAAACCGGAUAGGAGCUCCUGCCAUUUUCAUUGUUUGUAAUGAUUGGCACAACGCAAUUCAGGAUAUUUCAGAAGAUGGAGUGUACAAGGCCAUUCAUGGUUUUGCCUCGAGCUUACACCAUUUACAGGAGAAGCGAGAAGAAGAACACCGACAGAGAAUUAAAACUGAACAACUUUUGAAGGAUUUAGAGGAUCAAUUUGAGAAAGAUGUUAUAGUCGCGAUGCAGGAGAUGUUAGAUGAACAAAAAGCAACACAUCAAGAAGCUAUUAAACUAGCCAAUGAUGCUGCCUCAGAUUGCUUGAGAGUUAGUCUGCCUCCUGUUUUUGAGACUUUAGAGAGCUUCUGUCUGGAGAAUUUGAAAGCUUAUGAGAAAAUCAGAAUACCAAAUGCAAGUACAAGCAGAUAAUGAGGUGAAUUGCUUAGCUUCUUCUUUUAUUAUUAUUAUUAUUAUUCUUUGAAUGUACAGAUUGGAUUGGUCUAUGCAAAAAAAGAAAUCAAACGAAAAAAAUGGUGGUUCCCGGGUAUAACCAGUUAGCAAUUGCACUACUUGUAUGUACAAACCAGAAUUUUGGGGAGUUAUACCCAGUUUAAAUGGGUAAACGGAUUGCUAUAUUCAGAUAUAUACAAGAUGUUGAAAAAAAAUCAAAAUCUCCUUGAAGUUCUAACA